AUGGCAGGCGGAGAGGACGAGCAGGAGGUCCGCAGCGAGGGUGGCAAGGACCUGUACGCGGUGCUGGGGCUGAAGAAGGAGUGCUCCACGGCGGACCUGAGGAGCGCCUACAAGAGGCUUGCUCUGGUCAGUCUGCUGGGGAUUUACAUUUCUUUUCUUAGAGAUUCAUUUCUGCUCGGGAGGGAACGAGGAAGGAGAGAGGAAGAUUUACCUGCGCAUUUUUUGAAUUCUUGUCGUCUGAUGAAGGAAUCCCUCCUAAACUCCUGGUUUCCCGUUUUUCCCCAAAUGAUCUCGUCGAAUCGUCGGAGAGGGGACGGCAGAGAUGGCAUCCGGACCGGUGCUCGACAGCAGGGAGCGGAAGGUCGGCGGACGAGGCCAAGUCCAAGUUCCAGGCGAUCCAGGAGGCCUACUCCGGUACGCAAGCGACCUUCCUCUCCAUUACCGAUGUUAAUAUUCAGCACCGAUGACGACGCUCCCUCUUCUCUCCUCUUUGCUUCCUUCCCACCGGCGAUCUGAGCAGUUCUGUCGGACGCGAGCAAGAGAUCCCAGUACGACGUCGGAGGGUUUCACGGCGGCGAGGACGACGCCGACGUAACUCUCACAUAUACCGCCGUUUCCGCCAUUAUUGUAAUUUCCCUUGCUCCCCGUGAUGAUCCCUGACGACGGUGACGGAUCAGGAGAUGGGCGACUUCCUUGGGGAGAUGGUGACCAUGAUGAACCAGACCGCGCCGACGGUAGCCGUCCGAAUCUGUGGGUCUCCAUUACGAGACGGAGAGUUGACUUUUAAUCCUCCUCCCCUGCCUGGUUUUCUCUUCCCCCCACCCUCCGGUGAGUUUGCAGGCCGGCGGGAGCGAGACGUUUGAGGAGCUGCAGCGGCUGUUCUUCGAGAUGUUCGAGUCCGACGUCGAGUUGCUCAGGGAAUCACCGGCGAGGUGUCGCGAUAGGCGAAACUCCGGCUUCUUCACCGGCUUCGACUUCUCCGCGUCCUCCUCCUCCGGCAGCGGCGGCGGCGGAGGAGGAGGAGGAGGAGGAGGAGGAGGAGGAUAUAAGCGGGACGGCGUGGAACUCUACUCUGACCAGGCAAAGGCCAUGGCCGGCGGCGACGCCGGCGACCUGGUCGGUAUCGGGCCGGCCGGCGUCUUCUGUGUUGGGGUGAGCUGUCUAAUCCUCUCUCUCCGUUCUCUUCCCACCAGCUGCUGGAUUCGACGGUCGUCGGAGUCUUUACUGAGAAGGAUCCCUCUACCCUGGUCUUCUCCGGUGGCUCCUCCUGCGUCUUGCAGUUGGACGACCGGAAUACCUCGUCACCGGCGGCGAAGGGCCAGGAAGGGGGCGGCGGCAGGCGGAGGCCCGGGAGGAAGCAGCAGCCCUCUUCAAGGUUCGGGGUUUCUUCUCAUUGUAGACGGGGUUAA